GCGAGAACGAAACCGACCAUCUUUCCACGAUCUUGGUGUAGUGAAGUGCGUGUGAUUUGGGAAUAUUAUUAGAUCUCUACGCAAAAAAGUUCAAUAAUUUUUCAUCAUGCUGUCUAGAGCUGCACUUUUAGCUGCCGCCAAAAGGCCGACCGCGCUUGUUAUGGCUCGUGGAUCAGCAUCGGCCACAGAUAGCAACCGCCCUGUUCGGCCAGAACAUCCAGGCAAGGUUCGGCUAGGUUUUUUGCCCGAAGAAUGGUUUACCUUCUUUUACAAUAAAACUGGAGUUACCGGUCCUUACGUUUUUGGUGCUGGAUUGUUGACCUAUUUGUGUUCCAAGGAAAUCUAUGUUAUGGAGCAUGAAUACUACAACGGUCUUUCCCUUGCCAUCAUGGUCAUCUAUGCUGUUAAAAAGUUCGGCCCAGCAGUUGCUGCUUUCUGCGAUAAAGAGAUUGACAGAAUCGAAGGCGAAUGGAAAGAAGGUCGUGAGACAAAUAUCAAGCAAUUGGCCGAUGCUAUUGAAGACGAGAAAAAGGAGCAGUGGCGCGCUGAAGGCCAAACCUUGUUGAUGCAAGCGAAGAAGGAAAACGUCGCUCUUCAGCUGGAAGCUGCAUAUCGCGAACGCGCUAUGACUGCCUAUCGUGAAGUCAAGAAACGAUUGGAUUAUCAGGUUGAGCGCCAAAACGUUGACAGACGUAUUUCACAGAAGCAUAUGGUUGACUGGAUUGUGAGCAAUGUAGUCAAGUCAAUUACUCCUGAUCAAGAGAAGGAAACAUUGAACCGCUGCAUAGCUGAUUUGGGUGCCAUUGCCGCUAGGGCUAAGUAAAAGAGCACCAAUUUGUGGCUAAAAUACCGGGAAUAAGUUUCAUGCUCUUGAUUUGGCCGAACAAUAGCGAGGAAUACAUGAAUAAAUAAAUGGUGAAUUAACUUCAAGCUCUAACUGAUUCACGAU